GAUGAUGAAGAACAUGUGGAAAAAACUCCAGUGUAUUCUUAUUAUGAUUUAAACACGCUCUAUUCUAGUUUUGAGUCAAGCUCUGAUGAAGAUCCCGAAACACAAGAUUCAGAUCCUGACUAUGUUCCUGGAUAUGGAAAGAGGAUGUACAACCAAAGUGUGUGAUGGAGGAAGAAGCAUGAUCCUGGGGUUGACAAUGAGCUGCAGUUGCAACAUGGAGAACCAGUCCUAUGAGGUGAAAAUGAAUGGGAGUGGAAUUAAUGAGAAGAAUGCUCUCAUUGGUGUCAACGGAAAAGCUCUUAAUGGAAACGGUAACCAUCAUAAGGCUGUGAAAGGCAUUGUUUGUCUGGCCAAGCAGAAGAGCUGCAGGCAGCGAUGGAACAUCCGGCCCUCAGAGAUGUCAAUCAACACCUUGAAUCCCAUCCGUGCCAUUGUGGAUGGGAUGAAGCUUACACCCAACCCUGAGAAACCCAUGAUUGCUCUGUCCAUUGGGGACCCUACUGUGUUCGGGAACCUGCCUACUGAUGACAAAGUUCUCCAGGCCAUGAAGGAUGCCAUUGACUCAAACAAAUACAACGGCUAUGCUCCAUCUGUUGGUUAUCAGAAGAGCAGAGAGGUGGUGGCAAACUUCUACAGUUGCCCCGAGGCCCCCUUGGAGGCAGAGGAUGUGCUUCUGACCAGUGGCUGCAGUCAGGCUAUAGAUCUGGCCAUCACAGUGCUGUGUAACCCUGGAGACAACAUCCUAGUCCCCUGCCCUGGAUUCUCCCUCUACAAGACUCUGGCUGUGUCUCUGGGCAUCCAGGUCAAACUGUACACACUGCUGCCAGAGAAGUCUUGGGAGAUCGAUCUCCAACACAUGGAAAGCCUGAUAGAUGACAGGACAACCUGCCUGAUUGUCAACAAUCCCUCCAACCCUUGUGGCUCCGUCUACAGUAAAGAGCAUCUACAGAACAUCCUUUCUGUUGCCUCCAAACAUUGCGUCCCAAUCCUGGCUGAUGAGAUCUAUGGUGACAUGGUGUUUCCGGGUUGCACAUACCAAUCUAUGGCGUCCCUCAGCAGUGAUGUGCCCAUCCUAGCGUGUGGUGGUCUGGCCAAACGAUGGCUAGUCCCUGGCUGGAGGCUAGGUUGGAUCCUCAUCCAUGACAAGAAUCAAAUCUUCGGAAAAGAGAUUCGUCAGGGUCUGGUUAAGCUUAGCCAGAGGAUUCUGGGUGCCUGCACCAUUGUCCAGGGUGCGAUAGAGAGCAUCCUGAACGACACGCCCCAGGAGUUUUACCACAGAACCAUCAGUUUCCUCGAGUCAAACUCCGAGAUCUGUUUCUCUGAACUGUCCACUGUUCCUGGGCUGACCCCCGUGAUGCCAUCAGGAGCCAUGUACCUCAUGGUGGGAAUUGAGAUGGAACACUUCCCAGAGUUCCAGAACGAUGUGCAGUUCACUGAGCGUCUGGUAACUGAGCAGUCCGUCUUCUGCCUGCCCGCUACGGCAUUUGAGUACCCAAAUUACUUCCGGAUUGUGGUGACCGUACCAGAGGAGAUGAUGGUGGAGGCGUGUACACGGAUUCGGGAGUUCUGCCAGCGCCACUACAGAACCUGCAGCCAAGACAGCAACGAGCUAGACCAAUAAUGAGAGACACAGCCUGAGAGAGGGGAAGACCAAAGAGUAUGGGCACAGAAUGUGACAAAAGUCAGUGUGAAAAAAAGAGAAUGGGAAAAGGGUGAGAGGAAAAUAAAAUACAUUAGGGAAGAGGAGGAGAGAGAAGAUGGGUUAAAAUAUCGUGUUGCACCGCAGGAACAAAGGUUUCUGCAAUGUCAUUGGUAGUGGUCCAUCUUUGGUACCCCAACUUAUGAGCAGACCUGAUAUUUAUAUUUUGUAUGGCCAUCUUAUGUUAACCUUAUUUUGUCUAACUAUUUGAAUUCUUAAUGUUAUUCUAUAUGUUGGGUUGACCAGAACACCAUUGGGCGUAUAGAACCAGGGACCGGGGGUCCUCCCCAUUCCUCAAACCAUGAUGGGGUUCAUGGUUGGGUUGAUCCCACCAUUGAAACAGAUGGAACUGAAGCACCAGCAUGGAUAAGAUGAUCUACAGUGCUUUCCAUAGUCAGCGUUACAUACUCUUUCUUGCAUGUGUUAGAAUUAUGAUGACACUCAGUAUACAUUCUGAUAUAUUGCAUGCUUAACCAACACUUUUCCUAUGUAUAUAAUCUAUUUGUUAUGUUGAUGUAAUAUUGAAUGUUUUUUUCACGUUCAUAUAAAAAGUUAUUUAAACCAAAUUAAAGCUAUAAAAUACUUA